GUUUUCGGGGAAAUAGGCAUUUCUUAAAGCGGCCGGCCGGCGGCGCUCGUUGGCGUAUCUCCUUUUGGCCGUAUCGCCGCCGCCCUGGCCGGCCCUGGCCGUCGGCCUCACGGUGCACCCGGCAAGGGUGUGCCUCCGCCUGCCUCCGCCUCGGUGCGCCAUCAUGGCUGGCUGCAAUUCUAUAAAGCAGCCCCUGCAACGAGGGGCCGCCACUCCGUCAGUCCGCGCAGCAUGAUCCUCACCAACCUGCUGAUGGCCGCCUCGGCCCUGGUCCACGCCCUCGUCGGCGGCCAGGCCCAGGACGAGGUCCCGCAGCGCUACUACCACUGCGACUUCGCCCCCGGCGUCGAGUUCUUCGUGGCGGACAAGGCCCUGAUGCCGGCCUACCGCUGCGUGUCCGGUCGCGUGCAGCUGUUCAUCGCCUCGCAGGACUUCCGCGCGCCCUACUCCAACACGGAGUGGAUCGAGGAGCUGGACGUGCAGCUGGGCGACGACGUCAUCACGCAGGUGUUCCCCGGCAGCUUCCACUACGUGCGCGGCAGCGUGCACCGGCCCGUGCACGGCCUGGAGUUCAAGAGCCACAGCCUGGCCAUCAACGGGCUCACCGUGCUCUCCGCGCGCCGCCUUUAGCUUGUAGCUUUUAGCCUCAUUCACCAUUUUCCGUUGUUUCCUCGUUUCACUCGCUUUGCAGUUCUCAAGAGACUUCGACAGCAAAGUUCUAAUAAACAUCUGUUUGCCUUCAGAGUAGUAGUCUUCUUUCCUGAACAACUCACAACACAUAAAUUAAAAAUGAAUGCCUUCACCGAAAAAAAAAAACAAACAACAGGACCAACAAC